AUGGCCCACCUGGGAGCCCACUUUGCCUUCAGAUCCCGCUGGCAGAAGACCGAUGAUGAACUCUGUCGACAUAGCAUGUCCUUUAUUCUUCACAGAGCCAUUUGCAAUGACUUCUUUCAGAGCUAUCUCUACCUGCUGGAAAAUAUUCCCCUGGUGAAAUUGUAUGCUUUAACAAGUCAAGUCAUCAAUGGUGAGAUGCAGUUCUAUGCCAGAGCUAAACUCUUCUAUCAAGAAGUACCAGCUACAGAAGAGGGUAUGAUGGGAAAUUUCAUUGAACUGUCCAAUCCAGAUAUCCAGGCCUCUCGGAAAUUUCUCAGGAAAUUUGUUGGGGGCCCUGGGAGAGCUGGGACGGACUGUGCCUUGGACUGCGGCUCCGGGAUAGGAAGGGUCAGCAAGCAUGUCCUGUUGCCGGUUUUCAACACCGUGGAACUGGUGGACAUGAUGGAAUCGUUCCUCCUUGAAGCACAGAACUACCUGCAGGUCAAAGGGGACAAGGUAGAAAGCUACCACUGCUAUAGCCUGCAGGAAUUCACACCCCCACUGGGAAGAUACGACGUCAUCUGGAUUCAGUGGGUCAUUGGGUACCUGACCGAUAAAGACCUUCUUGCGUUUCUUUCCCGGUGCCGAGAUGGCCUGAAGGAAAAUGGCAUCAUCAUACUGAAGGACAAUGUGGCCCGGGAGGGCUGCAUCUUCGAUCUCUCUGACAGCAGCGUGACUCGGGACAUGGACAUCCUCCAGACCCUCAUUAGGAAGAGUGGGCUGGUGGUGCUGGGCCAGCAGAAGCAGGACGGCUUUCCAGAGCAGUGCGUCCCGGUGUGGAUGUUUGCGCUGCACCGCGAUGGAAGCUCCUGA